AUGACCAGGAUUUGUAGUGAGCAUGCUCAAUUGUUCUUUGAUAUAAUUGCAGCGCACAAUCGCAAGUGUGGGUAUCACUACGAACCUGAGAUCUUGGUGGUAUCAGAUAUACGAGUAAGUCAUUUUCAAACGAGAUUUGGUGAAGUGAAUAAGAUCAAAUCUAAAACUCCGUACAUAUAA